AUGCCUUUGAAGUUAACUUUUUUGAAGGUCUCACAACAUCAGCAAAUGCGACCGUACAUGUCUCCGCAGGGUGCGAUGGUCACACCCACACAUCAGACAGUGUACACGACAGGCACUGCAGCACAGCCUCACACUCCGCAAACACCUCAGCCGCCGUAUACUCCUAACGGGUCACGAUUUCCCCAGCCAACACCCUCUCCACACUACACACCCGACAUGCGAUCGCCACCGCUGAUGUCGCCCACACAAGCACCAAUACUUCCACAAGCCGGCAUGCCGCGUCCGAUGAGCAACGGAGAAAUGGUUACACAACCUAUGCGAAUGGUGCCGACUCCUCAACAACCUGUGAUCCCCAGUCAGUUCUUCACCUACGAGCCGAACGUGUUAAUGAGUGUGCAUCCGGAAAUCUGCUUGGCUGGUUGCGUUCUGCAUAUGUUUGACAUGGACAGGAUGUUUACGGACAAGCUUGAUUUGCCAAAUACAGUUCUAGCGAUCAGAAUGCAUGGCGGAGACAUAGAAUUUGGAGUGAAAGCUUAUGCUGAAAGAGCUGGAGCGAUAACUCAUGUCAUCGUGGAGUCAAUUCGAACACAGCAUGCUCAUCUGGCGUUAAAAGAUCGCAAGCGACUAGUUACGAUGCAGUGGUUGGUUGAUGUGUUGAUGAAAAAACAAAUGGAUGUCCCGUGGAGGCACGCUCAUUUGCCGUCUGUUUUCAUCGAUGGAUGCCGUCCAUUGCUGGGGAAGUUGGUCUCAUUCUCUGGUUUUGAUGAGGGUGAAAGAGCAGCAAUGAAAUUCAUGGUGGAAACAAUGGGAGCUAAAUUCACGCCAUACCUGAGCCGUCACAACAGUCUCCUCAUUGCUAACGCUCCUGGAGUAGAAAAAGUUGAAAAAGCUCGAGAAUGGGAAAUUCCUGUUGUUAACUACCAAUGGCUCGCGGAUAAUUAUGCUGGACAACGAGUGGAAGUUGAUAAUCAACGAUAUCAGUUGGGCCAACCGUGUGAGGGAGUAUCACCAGGUCCAUACGCCCUCGAAAUGAUUAACGAUCAGUUUAAACAAUUACUUCUUGCGUGGAAGAUGCCGAUUAUUGUUUCACCCGAGCAGUGGCGUCGUUCAUUUGACACGAAACAAACAGUCGAGAACGACGAAGGGGUGUUUCCGAACAAAAAAUUGCGAUCUCAGUCGGCUCCUCCGAGCGAAGCAGAGAUUGCAGCCAAAGUUGAGGAACGCAAAAAAUCCGGCGGCACCCAUCCUGAAUACGUGGUCGCGUUCUCUGGCAUAGAUGAGGAGAACAAACAUGUGCUGACCCAAAAACUUCGAUUUCUCGGCGGCCGUGCUUGCGAAGAGAUCGCAGAAUGCACACAUCUUGUCACAACAAAUGGACGCCGCACAGAAAAGCUCCUGGAAGCGAUUUGUCUCGGAAGAAAUAUCGUGAAUCCGUACUGGAUAGUGCAUGGAUACGAGUGUCGGCAGUGGAUGGACACCCUUGACUAUUUCUUGCACGACGAAGAUCAGGAGCGACACCUCGGAUACAACUGCAAGCGCAGCGUGGUUCGAGCGAGACAUAGGAAACUGUUUGAGGACGUCCAAUUCUACAUCACUCCUUCGGUGGAACCGAGCCGGACAAUGCUGACGAGGUUGAUCCGACUUGCUGGCGGCACCGUUCACGAGGAUCGGCCUGCACCUGCCGAUAUAGCUCGAUGUAUUGAAACUGAUGCUCCCUACAUCGUGAUAAGCUGUGAAUGCGAUCUACGGAUGGUGCAGUACUUGCUCGAGUGCAAUUUCCCUGUGUACAACACUGAUUUCGUGCUAAUCGCUCUUCUGAGGCAAGAAUUGGAACCGCAUCCACUGUAUCGAGUAAACACUGCAUCCUUAACGCGACCUUCUGCACCCCAACCGCCACCUGGCCAUCAACAGUUCCGACCGAUGCCUCCUCGAUCAGUAGUCGAACAGCAACCACAGCCACACAGAGUCAAAGCUUAA